UCCAUAUAUAUAGAAGGGUUCUAAAAGAAAGAGUGUAGAGUACUCCAUCAUUUUUGCCGCUAAACUUAAAAGCAUUUCUCUGCUUUUGAGUUCUGAGUGUGAAGCUUUGUGAAACCAAACGAAAAUUUCUCUGUUCUAAGAGAUUGAAGAACAGAGCAGAAUCGAACCAAUAAUGCAUCUCCAUUUUCUUCUUCUUCCUGCGGAGAUUCCUCGUGCUGUUAUUUUCCCUGCAAUCUAGUCUCCAGAAGCAGUUUUCCAGUUUCCGAUAUGGCCAAGUGUCAAAGAAACGACGUCGGAUCUGUAGUUUUUGACCGAGUCUCCACUUCUACUGCCGCCGGCAGCCAUUUCCGCCUCUGCACUUCCUUCUCCACCGCUUCAUUUCGUAGGAAGAUUUUUGACGCUGUAAGUUGUGGCGGAAGUUCUCGCUAUCGCUAUCACCACGAUGGCAAUGUCGGUGGCGGCGAUGGUACUGUUUCCUCGGCUAUUAGGUCGUUGUCUGAGAUUGUGAAGGAAAGGGAGGCAGUGAGGCCGAAACGCGCCAAUGUGAAGUCGGAGAAGCUGUUCGAUCUUCUUAAGUUGGAGUCAUCGCCGGAAUCGAAGCCGGAGACGAAGAAGAAGGAGGAGGUACUGGAAGACUUCAAAAGCGUGGUGAAGAAGUUGCAGGAUGAGGAUUUAGUGGAGAGGAGAGCAGCUGCGAGUCGAGUUAGGUUGCUUGCUAAAGAAGAUGCAGAAGCGAGAGGAACGCUUGCAAUGCUCGGAGCCAUUCCGCCGCUGGUUGGAAUGCUUGAUUUGGAAGACGAUGAAUCUAAGAUCGCCUCGCUUUAUGCAUUGCUCAAUCUUGGAAUUGGAAACGAUUUGAACAAGGCAGCCAUUGCUAAAGCGGGUACUGUUCACAAAAUGCUCAAGCUGAUAGAAUCUGAAAGUUCCCCAAAUCCAUCUGUUUCAGAAGCCAUAGUUGCGAAUUUCCUCGGGUUGAGCGCAUUAGAUACAAACAAACUGGUAAUUGGAUCAUCAGGUGCAGUUCCAUUCUUGGUAAAGAACUUAUACGACCCACAUCAAGAAAGUAGUUCACAAGUCAAGCAAGACGCUCUACGUGCGCUUUAUAACCUUUCUAUUUUCCCAUCCAAUAUUCCAAUUAUCUUAGAAACCAAGUUGAUCCCAUUUCUUCUAAACGCAUUGGGAGAUAUGGAAGUAAGUGAAAGAGCCCUCUCUGUUCUAAGCAAUGUGGUAUCAACCCCAGAAGGUCGUAAGGCCAUAAGCACUUUCCCAAAUUCAUUUCUUAUACUAAUUGAUGUCUUGAAUUGGGCUGAUUCACCAGGCUGCCAAGAGAAGGCAUCCUACAUUUUAAUGGUGAUGGCACACAAAUCUUACAGUGAUAGACAAGUAAUGAUUGAAGCUGGGAUUUCAUCAGCUUUGUUGGAACUAACUCUUUUGGGCAGUACAUUGGCUCAGAAGAGGGCCUCGAGGAUUUUGGAGUCUUUGAGGAUUGAUAAAGGGAAGCAAAUCUCUGAUCAUUUUGGGGGGAAUUCUUCUGCUCCAAUUUGUGGUUCUUUAUCUUCUUUUACUAACCCAAUUCUAGGUUCUGCUGAAGGUUUGGAAGGGUCGGAUGAUUUGGUGAGUGAAGAGAAGAAAGCUGUGAAGCAAUUGGUGCGGCUGAGUUUGCAAAACAAUAUGAAGAGAAUUGUGAAGAGAGCCAAUUUGCCUCAAGAUUUUGUGCCUUCUGAUCAUUUCAAGUCGCUCACAUCAAGUUCCACUUCAAAAAGCUUGCCAUUUUGAGUCCUCAACUACCUGAAGUCAUGGCGUUAUUGAAGAUUCUGAAUGCAGAAAAUCUGUCAAUGCAAUCGGCUGAGUUCUCAACGCCAAUAUAUGAUCGCAUAGUUGACCAAGUCGGUGGUUUUAGGCGAUGAGAUAUGACAUGACGUGUGGGUGAUGAAAAUCAAAUCAAAGGUCAAGUUGGUAGUUGAUAAGAAAGUUUCAUUGCAGAACCAAUGAACUUCUAACGCAUAGUAGGUGGCGCAUUAGGGUAUGAAAUUUAAGGCUCCU